GGCUGAAUGGGUAUUGUAACGUAAUUGUCAAGAAGUCCUAAUUGCGACGUCAUUACAUCUUCAAAUAGUCACUGGUUGGUGGCUCUUUGGGCAGAGGGAAUUACUGAUUCACAUUUCUUCAUGACUGAAUUGGAGAAUGUUGAUGUGACCGACCGUUGGCUCCUAGAAAACCGCUCUACAUGCCAUACAACGAAAGAAAUCAAUUUGUAGAAGGAAACUUUAGUUCCGAAGUUGGUGUAGCUCACAAGAAACUGUCGCAUAAACGAAUAUAGAGUACAUAAGCUUAAGUAGGAAAUAAAGGAAAUGUUAUCGGCAAGAGAGCAGUUUUUCACAUCUUCCACAGUACCAACUUCAGCACUGGGUAUGGGCAUUGAAGUUGUGGAUCAACGGUCAGGAUCAGUCUACAGUCCAACAACAGUGCCAUUGACCAGUGUGCAUGGCUGGCGCAAUGGUGGUAGUGUUUUUGCUACAGCACCACCAGCAAACACAGAUUCCCAAGUGACAGAAGUGGACAAAGAACAUCAUCCGACAAAGUCAGAACCGUUACCACUGGUCGCUAAAAUUAACGGCUGUAAUGGGAAUGUGGAAAAGGGUUGUGAUGAACCCUUCUCCAAUUUGCCUUCACGUGUUCCUGUCGAUAUAGAGUUUAAGGAACUUUCACUUACUGUACAUAUGGGAUUCGGCAAAGGAGAGAAAGAGAUCUUACAUAAUGUUUGUGGCAAGUUCCCCGGUAGUCAACUGAUUGCGAUAAUGGGUCCUUCGGGAGCGGGUAAAUCAACACUACUUGAUGCAUUAUCCGGUUUCAAAACAACGGGCGUAGAUGGCUCCAUACUUCUCAACGGCCGUCGUCGGGACUUGCCAUCAUUUAGACGAAUGUCAUGUUAUAUAACGCAAGAUGAUCGCUUGCAACCGCUAUUAACGGUAAAUGAAAAUAUGCACAUUGCGGCGGAUUUGAAAUUAGGAACAAAUGUGAGCUAUGAGGAAAAGGAAGGCAGGAUCGAAGAUAUUUUGUUGCUGCUCGGCUUAUACGAACACGAUCAAACGAUGACAAUGCGACUCUCAGGUGGACAAAAAAAGAGACUCUCCAUUGCUAUGGAAUUAAUAAAUAAUCCAACAGUGAUGUUCCUCGAUGAACCUACCACUGGUCUAGAUAGCAGCUCCUGUACUAAAGUGUUAGAGUUAUGUAAGAAAUUGGCACAACAAGGCCGAACAAUUAUUUGUACGAUUCAUCAACCGACCGCCAAACUGUUCCAAAUUUUCGAUCAAGUUUACGUGCUCUCGGCUGGUAACUGUGUAUAUCAGGGAAGUACAGAGAGGUUAGUGCCAUUCCUGCAGACGGUCGACUUGCCAUGUCCCGUGUACCACAAUCCUGCUGAUUACAUUAUUGAGUUAGCUUGCGGUGAAUAUGGAAAGGACAAAGUGGACAUUCUCAAAUCAGCAGCGGAGAACGGUGGUAGUUUAGCGUGGUUUGAAAAUUCUAACUCUAUUCUACGAGCUGAGGCCCUAAUGCGCAAAUAUCCAAUUCCAAAGAAAACGCAAAAACGUUCAUUAGAGGACACGAGCUACCUCAACCAGUUAUCUGUUCUAAUACAUCGAGGAUAUGUAAAGGCUAAACGGGACACAACUUUAACACAUUUACGUAUAGCUGUAAAUGUUUUUGUCGCCAUCAUUCUCGGAUCAUUAUAUACCGGUUCUGGACGUGAGGGCUCAAGAGUCUUAGAUAAUUAUAAUUUACUAUUUGCCAUAUUAAUUCAUCAUUCUAUGACCACGAUGAUGUUGACUGUUUUAACAUUCCCGAUAGAGAUGUCUAUUCUCCUGAAGGAACACUUUAAUCGCUGGUAUUCCCUGAAGGCUUACUACACGUCAAUCACGUUGAUCGACUUGCCAAUAUCGAUCAUUGGUUGUCUGCUCUUUACUGUCAUUGUUUAUUUGUGGAGUUAUCAACCAAUGGAGUGGACGCGCUUCUGGAUGUUUUUUGCCAUAAGUUUGCUAACUGUAUUUGUCGGUCAAAGCUUUGGCCUGAUGAUUGGUGCUUGGUUUAGUGUUGUGAAUGGUACUUUCUUAGCACCAGUACUCACUAUUCCGAUGAUGAUGUUUGCCGGCUUCGGUGUAACACUUCGUGAUUUACCUAGUUAUUUAAAAUGGGGUAGUCAUAUUUCAUAUCUCCGUUAUGGCUUAGAAGGCUUUGUUGGCGCCAUUUAUGGAGAGGGUCGCGGUGUUUUAGACUGCAAUGAAGCACCUUAUUGCCAUUAUAGAUAUCCACAAAAAUUCCUCGAAGAAAUCACAAUGCGUGGUGAUCAGUUCUGGAACGAUUUUAUUGCACUCUGCGUUAUUUCAAUAGCUUUUAGAGUAGUAGCCUUUGUUGUGCUCAAAGCAAAAAUACAUUCAGUCAAAUAAUGUACCAUUGCCAAUUUUCUUUUUUCAAUAUAUGUAUGUUAAUGUGUGUUUCUAAUAGUAAUUAAUAUUAUAAGCUAGGCAUAUUGUAUAUACGAGUAUGUAUAAAACAAAAAAUACGAAAAUGAAACAGUUUUAAUACGACUUACAAGUAUUUUAAUAAACUAGACAAUUUAAUAAUUACUUUUGUGAUUUUUAUAGUCGACUAUUGGUUACAUUUGGAGCAUUUACUUUGUUCAGCUAUCAACUUAACCGAUAGGUACACGUACGCACAUAUUAUAUAAAGGAGUUUUGGAAGAUCGCAAUAAUUCAGUAAUAACAACGCAAUUGAAAUCAGAUAUAACAACGCAAUGAUCGAAACUCACAUGUAUGUAUGUACAUAUGUACAAUAUAUACAAUGUGUUAAUUUAAAUUCUUAUGUGCCAUACCUUUUGGAUGCAUAGCAUAAACGACUUUGUAUUUCAUCUAUUAAUUAUUUAGCGGUUAUUUGAUCAAAAUAUAAACAUGUAAUUUAA